AUGAGCUGUCCAUUUUUAGAUCCUACAAUGCUGGCAAGACUUCCUCCUGAAAAGAGAGAAGAAAUGAAAGAGAUGUACCAUAAAAUGAAGCAAGAACAAAAUGACCAUCUCAAGAUUGAUAUCAAAGAAGAUGAAAUUGACAAUAUUAGCCCAGAGCAGAUGAUGAUGGGAAUGACUGGAGCAAGUACAAGUAUGGGCUCAUCACUUUGUCCCAUGAUGAGCACAGGCAGUAGUGGAGGAAGUCAAGCUUCUGAGGAAUAAGAGCCAUUAAAUUUCCAAGACUAAUUUGAGAAUGAUCCACAAGCCUUCAUGGAGAGAAUGGCCAAAAUGCAAGAUGCAGGUGGUUCAUGCCCAAUGAUGUCGUCCAAAUACUUUGACCCAUUUAAUGAAAAAAUGGAGUUCGGGUGGAGUUGCAACUACAAAUCAAGGUGGGCCUUUCUUUUGAACCACAAAGGAAGAUUGACUACUAGGAAAUAUCUUCUUGGGAGAAAAUUAAUGGAGAGACUCCCAUACCCAUUGAAGCACACUUUGUUUCAUCCAGAUGAUCUUAAGAAAUUAAGAGAUAAACCCUUUUCUGGUCUCUUCUUUCAUUUUGACAAAUAUAAGGAAGAGGCUAACAAACUCUACAAAGAGGGUGAAUACUUUGAGGCAAUUGAAUACUAUGAGUAAAUCCUAAGUGUUUUCAAAUGGCUUGACUUCACAGAUAAAGAAAAGAACGAUGACUUCUUCAAAGCUCUUAAACUUGAUCCUAUUCUAGAUAAGGAUAUUAAGGUCUCUGAAAAAGAUCUAGGAGAUGAUGAGUGCGAAAUUGAAAUGAGAAAGAAUCUGGUUGUAACUCUCCUAAUGAGUAUUGGGUAUUGCUAUUUAAAGCUAUUCUUCUUUGAUGAAGCUUUGAAAUGCUUUAAUUAUUCUCUUGAAAUCGCACCAGAGGCAACUGAUGUAUAUUUAAGAAGGUCCUAAUGUUUUAUGUACAACAAGGAAUCUGAUAUGCAAGAUUUGAAAUAAGCUGUAAAUGAUGCAAACAAAGCCCUAGAAAAAAGGCCAAAAGAUAAAUUCUACAAUAAUCACAAAAAAGACCUGGAGAAUGUAGUGCAAAACUAUGUGACAAAUAAAGUAAUGUUCAUUAAGGAAAUGAUAGGAAAGGCAGAAGCUCAAUUAGCAUUAAGAUAAAAGUUAAAAUUGAAAAGAUAGAGAUAUUUGGAAGAAACUAAGGGAGUUGCACAAGAUCAGGAAAAAUAAAAUAGUGAUGACGAGUAAGAAGAUUUAACAUACCCUGAGGAGUGUAGAGUUUUAGAUAUAAUGAAGGAUAAGUAUUAUGAUGCAGUUUAAUUCUUCAAUGAUACUGAAGAUAAGAAGUAGCUUUAGCUUGCAGUUAAGGAAUACCAGAGAUUCUGCUACCUCUACGAUAAAAUGAGUAGAUUCCUAGUAUUUGAUCCAACUGAAAUAGAAGAAGAUAUUUAUCAGAGACUUGGGGAAAGUGAGAAGACAGCCCUUUCAAAUCCAAAGAUUGUCAAAGAAAUAAAUAUCAUCAGAAGGAGAAAAGCUGCUAAGAUCCUUGAAGACGAGGACGUUAAUAUCCUCAAUUUCUAGAUGUUUUAGUACGCUUUGAAACUAUUCUAAAAGGAAAAAAAGAAGAAGCUAAAGGAAGAAGAGGAGAAGAAACAAAGAGAGGAAGAGCUUCUCAACGGAGGCAAGAAAUAAACAGCUCAAGGAAGUAUGGGUAAACUUAUAUUGAUAAAUUUCCUAUUCUUCAUGGUGGUUGCUAGUGGAAUAAUGUUCGCAAGUGGAACGUCUUUGUUUGAUUUACUUGGAGUUACAUACUUUGCAGCGAAGAAAAAAGAUGAGGGCUUCUGA